UUGAAUAACGAAGAAAUUGUUUGUAAUUGGAUUACGGGGCAAGAGUUUUCUGCAGGCACCGGGUCUGCGGAUGGUCCCGCGAUGGCAGGCGCGUGGCGACGCGUCUCGGCGCGAUCGCGUUCCCUACGCGGCUUGUUGCGCGACACUGAGAGGGCACUCCGCGACGUCGCCGAAGUGCUCACAUAUGACCCAGUAAUAUCGGACGUGGUCCAGGACAUAAGCUACCAGUCGUCCAGGCCCACGGCCCUGGUCAUACUGGGCACCACGUCAACAGCCCGGGCACGUCUCCUCCACUGUUUGCUGGGAAGGCGACUAUUACCGGAGCCAUUGCCGAGGGGGUGCCGAUGGCUACACAUACAGUACGGCAGCCAUACGCAAGUGCAUCUGAUCCUUGGUAAUUCGGAAUUCGAACUUGUCGAGGAUUUGGAAUGCAAUCAGAGACCUUGGGAGACAUUGCCCCUUCAGGAUCUACUCCGACAAGACCAAGCUGACCUUGCAACGAUGCUGGAAGUGGAGAUAAACAAUCCACUUCUAAAGGACGGUCUCCGCAUCAUAGUGCCUCCGUAUAUUGACACGGAAACUGGCGACACUGACUACAUUAAGCUGAAAGAAAUACAUUCGGAACUUUACCAGAAGAGAGACCAGAUCCUAAAAAACUACAGCCCUGUCUAUUUGUAUGCUGUGGACAGAAUAGGACGGAAUAUAUUCAGUGAUAACAUAAGUGAUAGCAGGAUAGUUGCAAGGAGUGAGGACGAUUUUUGGUCGACUUUCAACCUGUACUACAUGACUCGUGUUGGUGAUAGUGGCGAUAGUGUUGUAUGUGGAGAUUGUGGUGACGGUGUGGUUGGUGAUAAUUGUGAUGAUAGUGAGUGGAAGGAUUUUCGUGGCGAACCGGCUGUUUUUACAGCGGAGAACUGCCUGGACUUCUACCAAAUAAAAGAGCUCAAUCCAAACUCGCAAGUAUUUUUCGUUCUCUUCUCGGACAGCACGGACAUUCUUGCAGAAGACAAAAGAAAACCCGAAGAAGUAGAGCAAAGACUGCAUCUUUGUGUGGAGGCUACAGAAUCUACCGAGAAUAGAUUUAAUGCUGAGGAAUUGCCGGAGUCAGAUCAAGUUUUAAUACAGGAUGGUGUGCUUAGGCAUAAAGAGGAAUCGCCGGAACAAAAUAAACCCAUGUUUAAUAGAAGACUGCACGAAGAACAAAUUGCAUUUAUGAAUGAACUGCUUGACCAGUGGGAGUUGAUAUUUAGACCACCUCCAAAGCACCACGUGAAGAGCCAAUGGGCAGUACUAGACGACACCGAAAUUCUGCGUACAGCCGAACAGAAAGCUAAUGCACCAAACUCAAAUGAUUGCAAUGCGUACACCGGCGAAACAUUAGCGAAGAGACGUCGCGAGGACAACGAUAGGGCUCUGAAGAAUCGGCCCACAUUUUUGAAUUCCGUAUUAAAGUUCGCUACGGAUUGCUCUCAGAGUCAUCUUUUGGAACAUUGUACAAGGUUAAGUGAGGUGCACGUGAAACUCCUGCAACAGUUUAUAUUGGCUUCAUUCGAUAUGGCCCGCGAACUUCAAGUCGUGCCUAAGAAGAUACAAUACGUGGCGAAACAGGAGCAACAGUUGUAUGAGGUAAUAAACGAGAAGUUUUCACAAGGCGAGAAGAAACAGGAGCUAGUUCAAAUAAUGCAAGAGGUAUUGCACGAAAUGCGUUCAGAAAUAAACAACAUGGAUUGGAGCGUUGAUGAUCUACCAUGUCAUCAAGACAAGCGUUUCAUUAUAUCGAACUCGAUCUUCUACUCCACGAGGAGCAGUCCAGCGGUGUCCCUCCAAAUCGGCGAUCGGAAAAAUCGUACCGACCUGUCUGAUCCGAUUGAUUCUGAUCGGAGGGACUCGUCGCAAUCCGACGUCGAGGAGGCUGUGUCUUACGAUAGCUACAAUUUUGACGACUAUGAGAUCAUUCAGUCCAAUGACGAGAGUUUGAGUGUCAGUGAGUGUUACAGGCGAGUGAAGCCAAAAUCAGAUGACGCGACAUCGCUGGUCUCUCAGAUCGGCAUGAUACGAGUGGAGAACGAGUCUGAAGUUUUCUCGCUGUCGGGCAGCGGGCGAGGCUGGGCCGGAACGCUCGACACUAGCGCCACCAACCUCACCAACGUAACCAACAUCACCAACACCACCAACCUCACCACCACAACUUGCACCAACAACGCCAACAUAUCCAUCAAGCAGGCCUCGCUCGAUGUACAACAGACUGUUCUGUCGAAACUAAGCCGUAAGAUCAGUUUGAAGCUAGUCAAUUUCGUCGAUUGCUUGAAGGACACUUAUUUUGGAACAUUGCAGAGGUGCGUGCAGUCGCUGGAGGGCGUGUGCCGCGCGGAACUGGGUGGGCGCGCGGCCAGCGGCGCCGUGCGGCAGCUGCUGGGCGCGGCGCGGCACGUCGACCUGCAGCCCACAGCCUGCUUCUCGCUGCUGCGCACGCUGCUCGACGCGCUGCGCAGCUUCCUCUGCAAGUUGCGUAUUGUGGGCGGAGACGCCGAGGAUGCGUGUUGCGUGCUGAGUCCCGUGUGGCGGAGACAGGUGGCGCUUCACACUAUACACUCGCUCAGCCCUCAGAGAUUAGCUCGGAUUAUUUCUGGACAGAUACUGGAAAGGCUAAGUGUCGCGCAUGAAAGAUACCAGUGCGCUCUAUCGUCUUUGGAAACUGCAUUGGCCAAUCGGUUACAUCACACUGAAGACGUCAAAUUGGCCAUCAGAAAGAAAUACGCCCCGGCUUUUGCGAGGUUGUGUCUCGAAAGUACAUCGAUGUGCGACCUCCUUAUGUACGGCACACCGGAACUUGGACGAGAAAUCGGUCGAGGUCAGUAUGGAGUGGUGUACGCAGUUAGAGGCAGCUGGGCGGGGCACAGCCCGGCCGCCGUCAAGUCCGUCCUGCCCGCCGACGAGAGGCACUACCAGGAACUAGCCAUGGAGUUCUUUUACACCAGGAGCAUCCCAUCGCACCCGCGUAUCGUACGCUUGCUGGGCUCACUGGUGCAGCGCGCGGGCGCGGGCGGCGCGCCGGGAGUCCUGCUGGUGUCGGCGCGGUACGCGCGCGACCUGCACGCGGCCGUGCGCACCGGCUUGUCCUUCGCUGCGCGCAUGCGCGUCGCUUGCGACAUCGUUGAUGGCAUCCGCUACUUGCACUCGCUGGGGCUGGUGCACCGCGACGUGAAGAUGAAGAACGUGCUGCUGGACGCGGGCGGGCGCGGCGCGCUGUGCGACCUGGGCUUCUGCGCGGCCGAGGCGCUCAUGUCGGGCUCCGUGGUGGGCACGCCCGUGCACAUGGCGCCCGAGCUGCUCGCCGGCGACUACGACGCCGCCGUCGACGUCUACGCGUUCGGCAUACUCUUCUGGUAUGUUUGCGCGGGAAACAUAAAACUGCCGACAGCUUUCGAAGCAUUCCAGAAUAAAGAGCAGCUGUGGAGUAAAGUCAAGCGAGGUCUACGCCCCGAACGCUUACCGCACUUUACAGAUGAAUGCUGGGAGGUGAUGGAGUCGUGUUGGGCUUCUGAGCCCUCGCAAAGGGCUCUGCUUGGCGAUGUACAACCUAAACUCGAAAAAAUCCUAGAACAAGCUUUAAAGGACCAGGAAAAUGAACUCUGUGACACUAGAAACAAAGUCUGUAAUGUUUCGGACGAUGAAAGUCUCGAUAUGACUGGAAUUCAUACAAACGAUACUUAG